AUGGCACCAAAUCUUCAAACUAUCCCUGUUCCUUCAGCGACAGUUCAGUCGCACGCUUCGAAUUUGUUGCAACUUCCCGACAAGACUGUGCUGUGUACAUGGUUUGGUGGUUCACAAGAAGGACUGCCUGAUAUCAGUAUUUGGCUGUCUCGAUUAGAAACGGGAUCAUUGUCUUGGACUACACCGCAAAAGAUCUCGUUUGAUGAGAACAGGAGUUGUCAAAAUCCCGUCUUGUUCAGAGCACCUCACAAUGGAGAGAUCUGGUUGCUUCAUACUUCGCAAGAUACGGGUAAUCAGGACGGCGCUUAUAUCCUGAAGCGUACAUCCUCUGAUCAGGGUCGUACUUGGUCUGAGGCUAGUCGCUUACUCCCCGAUGUGACUGGCAUCUUCAUCAGACAGCCCAUCGUCAUCAACAGCGACGGAACAUGGAUCUUGCCAGUAUUCUACUGUCGCACCGAACCUGGUCAUAGGUGGAUUGGCAGCGACGACAUCUCUGGCGUUCUCUACUCAGAUGAUAAUGGUGCAUCAUGGAAAGAGAAGCAAGCACCAGAUAGCGUUGGAUCUGUCCACAUGAACAUCAUCCCCCCAGCAUCCGGUUCUACAACCUGGGUCGCAUUCUACCGCAGCCGCUGGGCAGACAACGUCUACCGCUCAACAUCCAACAACGGCAUCGACUGGGAAACACCAAAAGCAACAACCCUCCCAAACCCCAACAGCGGCAUCUGCGCCGCCCGCUUAUCAUCAGGCCACAUCGCCAUCGUCUUCAACAGAUCAAACGCCUCAGCCGAUACCCUCAAACGACAAGGCUUAUAUGAUGACAUCACGCCUGAGGAUGAUAAGCGACCUAAUCAGGUCACAAAAACAGGAAAGGAUGCCAUUUGGGGAACGCCCAGAAAGACGUUGACGCUUGGAGUUUCGGAGGAUGAGGGGCUGGCGUGGAGAGAGCGUGUGCUUGAGGAUGGAGAUGGGUUUUGUGGGACGAAUAGUUCUUCGGGGCAGGAGAAUAGGGAGUUGAGUUAUCCGAGUAUUUAUAUUGAGAAGGAUGGGGAUAGGGAUGUUGCGCAUGUGGCGUAUACUUGGCAUCGGCAGCAUAUUAAGUAUGUGAGGAUUGAUGAUGUUGAGGCAUGGGUUAGCUCUAAAUGA